GUACCUCGGAGGGAGCCCGGCGUCGUCGGGCCCUGUAUUCUUGGGAGAAGAGGCUGGACUCAUCGCACAGUCCUGAGUCCCAAGAACCUGGGUUCUGGGAAGAGUUUCCCAGCUGUUUACCCUGGAAACAUUAACGGAGCUGGACAGCCAAGACACAGAUCAUUAACCCUUCAUGGACCAGGGAGGCCCUGGCUGCAGGACCGAGAGGGCCAGUAGGCAGACCUACCUGUCCCCACAGACACUGCAGGCACCAUGAGCUCCCCAGAAGGGCCCAGCUUCCCAUCUGGGCUGCUCUCCGGGGGCACCUCCCCCAGCGGCAAUGAGGGCUUCUUCCCCUUCGUGCUGGAGCGGCAGGACUCAUUCCUGGGAGGGGGCCCAAGGUCUGAGGAGCCCAAGGACCUGGCCCUGCAGCUGCAGCAGAAGGAGAAAGACCUGUUGUUGGCCGCAGAGCUUGGCAAGAUGCUUCUGGAGCGCAAUGAGGAGCUGCAGCGGCGGCUGGAGAUGCUGAGCACCCAGCACUCUGAGCGUGAGGAAAGGCUGCAGCAGGAGAACCAUGAGCUCCGCCGAGGCCUGGCAGCCCGGGGAGCCGAGUGGGAGGCCAGGACUGUGGAGCUUGAGGGGGACUUGGAGGCCCUUCGGGCCCAGCUGGGGGAGCAGCGUUCCGAGCAGCAGGACAGCGGACGGGAGCGGGCACGCGCCCUCAGUGAACUCAGUGAACAGAACCUCCGGCUCAGCCAGCAGCUGGCCCAGGCCUCCCAGACUGAGCAGGAGCUUCAGAGAGAAUUGGAUGGCCUUCGGGGGCAGUGCCAGGCUCAGGCCUUGGCUGGGGCAGAGUUGAGGACACGGCUGGAGUGUCUGCAGGGGGAGAAUCAGAUGCUCCAGAGUCGCCGAAAGGACCUGGAGGCCCAGAUUCGAGGUCUGUGUGAGGAGGUGGAGAAGGGCCAGGGCAGGCUACAGGCAACCCAUGAGGAGCUGCUGCUGCUACGGCGGGAGAGGCAGGAGCACAGUCUGGAGCUGGAACUCGCGCGCUCCGAGGCGGGGGAGGCACUGAGUGCGCUGCGGAGGCUGCAGCGGCGGGUCUCGGAGCUGGAGGAGGAGUCGCGCCUCCAGGACGCCAACAUCUCGGGAGCCUCGCUGCAGUUAGAGCUUGCCCAUAUCCUCGACAGCGACAAGGACCAAGACCAGAACGCGGACAGACGCGGAGAUAUUCUGGCCACUCUGUCCCCGGAGACCCAAGAGGCAUCCAGCCACCAGCCUUCGCCCCAGGAGGAGAGGUUGGAGCCUCCCAGGAAGCGAGCAUCCCUGAGCCCAGAAGAGAUACUGGAAGAGAAGGAGGCGGAAGUGGUCCGGUUACAGGAUGAGAUGGCGCUGCAGCGGGAAGAGCUACAGUCCCUGCGGGAGGAGCUGCAAAGGCAGAAGGAACUGAGGGCGCAGGAGGAUCCCGAGGAGGUCUUAAGCGGCGCCCUCUCUGAUCGGGACGAGGCCGUGAACAAGUGCGUGGAACUGGCCCUGGAGCUCAGCCGCGUUUCUCUCGAGCGAGACUCCCUCUCCCGGGAGCUGCUUCGCACCAUCCGCCAGAAGGUGGCGCUGACACAAGAGCUGGAGGCCUGGCAGGACGACAUGCAGGUGGUCAUCGGACAGCAGCUGCGAUCACAACGCCAGAAAGAGCUGAGUGCGGCUGGAUCCGCCCCGAGCCGCGCCCCGCCGCGCCUGGGCCCUGGGCCCGCCGGCGGCUUCUUCAGCAACCUCUUCCGAAGGACCUGAGCGCCCGGUCAAGGGGGGCACCUUUGCCCUCUUUGGCUCACUUUCCUAUUCUGGCCAAUGGAGCGACGGGCCCCGACUUUCUGCCAAAGGCGGCUGGUGCCCUCUCCACCCCGAGAGGCUGGGCAAGGGCUCACCGGGAGCAGGGGCCAGCUUUGGGGGCCAGGAACCCCAGGUGGGUGGCAGGGGCAGGUGUGGCAGAGCUGUUUUACGAAUCUAUAUAGGUCUAUCUUUUCCAGGGACUAGGCCCCCUGGCCCCUGGCAUGCUCCAGGACAGGGGUGAGGGUGGGUAUUUAUGUAUCAAGAUCAGACAAAGUAAUAUAUAAAUCAUUGCACCGA